GCUUCGUCUUUGGAGGCUUAGCUGACCAACUUCCUAUGUGGAACCACCAUUCUUUGUGUACGUUUCUUCUAACGUCAUGUGCGAUUCUGACGUGCUUUUCACAAUCGAACAAUGUAAUGGGGGACAUUUACCACUAUUUCUCAGAGCAAAGCACUUCUCAUUGCUCACGGCGCUUGAACGUAACCGGACAAAUUGGUUGUUCCAGUCGACUGCAAAGCAGUUCUGGUGUUGCUUUGUUUGUUGAGCAUGCCGACGAAGUAACUGACUUCUUGAAUGCGGAAAACGUUGCACCGACGGUUUUAGUUAUGCAAUAUUCCCUUUUCUUGAAUUCGUCUCUGAUGAGCGAUGUGCGUUCUUACUCUGAACGUACUGUUGGUUUGGUCGUUCUGUUUCAAAAAAUUUCGAAAAACAAACAUCCGGUACCAUUUUCUGAGUCGGAUGAGUGUCCAAACGCGCUCUACAGUCACUAUGGUGCGGAGCGUCAAUGCAAUGUCACUCCCGCUUGGAAUCCUCAUGGUACGGCUUAUUCCUCCAUUGAAUGGCCUUUCCCUGUGGUACUCAUACGGACUUCCGACACCUCCAUCGAAUCAGAACUUUUCAGAUGUUACAAGCAAUUCAACGCUAAUCCUGUGGAUGACACGAGGUGCCUAAUUGAGAUAAGAAACGUCAUGUCGGCUGUCAGUUCAUCUGCUCUAUGUAUUCGCCGAGAGUCGUUGAUGGGACUCCCGAUUUUUGAGUCACCCAUAGUCUACUGUGACGAACUGAAUGGCGUAAAUAUCCUGUUAUCUGCGACAAAUACAACCGCAUCUAUCCGAACAAACUCUCCAAACCGUUCUGUGUCAGUACAGGAAAGGUCGCGAAACUCUUCGAUUGUAGUACUCACUCGACUUGAUUCACGAAGCAUGUUCGAACGGAGUGCAUUUGCUAGUCAAUGGGCUCUACCGGGGACUUCCGUUCUUGUAUCCAUUGCAGCACAUCUCAUCCGGCAACCAGCUUUUCAGCAAUUACAGCUGAAGAGAGACUUGUUUUUCGCCUUCUUGGAUAACGAGGCAUUCGACUUCAUGGGUUCGGGACGCUUAGCUUACGACUUACGAGAGAGGAAUCUGGCUGCUUACACAGGAGUGCCGCUGGGUUGGGAACAUGUCCAUUCUUUUAUUGAACUUGGUGAGCUGGGGCUAGCAGCGAAAAACCCACUCCCGACAUACUACACGUUGGCGGACGAAAGCAUAUACGAGCAGACCAAAGUGGUUACGGAUGAGCUUCGCGAACAACUGGCUGCCGCUAAUGAACGUUUUGGUCAGAUCAGUAUUUCCCGUGCACCGGAUUCCAUUGCACGUCUGCCUUUACCACCCACAGCUUCUCUUCAAAGCCUUUUGUCAAGCGCCCCUCACCCACUUCCUCACAUACUUCUGGCGGAUCACGCUGGGCCACCACUGUGGGACAAGCAUUUCGAAAGCUUCUUGGAUUUCGUUUGGCCUCCGGAUUCCGGUGCAGAUCAAGUACUCUUAGUACUCGCGAAUACAUUGGCUGAUGCACUUCAUCGUUUGGUUGUGAAAGACUCACUCCCCAUGCCCGCCAACAUUAGCCACCCCACUCCUGGAGAUUUGAUGCUGUGUUUCGUGAACAACGUUACCUGUGAUCUUUUGAGAACUUUUCUCAGUCCCGGUGACCUGCAUUUUCUGCAAAGCUUGAAAACUCCUAUCCCUGCACAAUCCUACCUGCCAUUGGAUAAACAUGAAUUGAAAAUUUCCCAUAUCAUUAGCGUUUUGCUCAUGGGAUUAACCGGCGAGCGGACGGCAACGCGUGAUUGUCCAGCUGGUGCUGAAAGCAUUGGUCCGUACGUCUACCUGAUGGGGUACUACAAUGGAACUGAACAGUGCUAUCGCACUUUGCUAGACCUGGCGAUGCGGUUCGCGCUAUUCAGGGACGGAGUGCCAGCUGCUCCAGCGUGGAUGCGAAGUAGGCUGCUUCCAGGAGAACGAUAUGUUCGUUGGUAUAGGAGCUCGUCUUUGACCAUGGAUACUGUGAGCGUUAGCCUUGGCGUGCUUUUGAUCUUACUAACGACUUGUACUGCCCUUCUAAUACAAAAGAAGAUGAGCAUACAAGUUGCACGACAGAAGCCAACCAGCAUUGUUGAAAUCGACGGAUUGCAACGGAUGGACACAACUAAUGUUUCAUCAACUUGAACCAAAAGGCGCUUGUAAAGUUAUCGUGACUUUUUAAUUAACAAACAACUGAUCUAAAAUACAUCAACUUUUUCCCACAGUCUUGGCCUGCUUCCGUUCAUGGGCCAUUUUCUUCGCCCUUUCAACGGAAUUCACUAGCGCGGAGUUCUCCGCGAGGAUCUUCAUAAGGUCGAUGAUCAAGGGCAAGUAGUUGUGUCGGCGUCUGGUGUUUUCUUGACGGUAUGAGACGGCUUUCUCUUUUUCCCGUUCGAUAUUUUUCUCCAAUUCGCGGACAAGUUCGGCAGAUUCCUAGAAGGCAGAAAUACGUGCAUAUAACAUAACUUCAUAGAUUAAUGGCGAUCAGAAUGUAACCAAAUUCAAGUAAUGAAUGGUCUAUACAACGGAAAACUUGAGCGCGGUCAUGACUGGCCGUUUUCCUACGUAAUUGUGAGUCGAAGAGAUUUCACUGGGCAGUUUACGACCAGUUUUCCGAAACCGGAUGAUUCAGCAAACUGCCCAAUCUUAGCUUGGGAGAUUCCCGGGCGGCACACAAACGGACAUAACCCGGAAAACGUUUGUGGCAGAAUCAUAUGACCAGGCUGAUUUUCAAUCUCAGGUCAG